ACACUGUUAAAACGCCGUCCUUCGACGUUUUUUCACACUAAGCCACGACCAAUUAAUGCUUGUUUUGUGAAAAAUUUUAUUUAGUAAAAUAUCCAGAUAUAUUAAAUAAAAUAACAUACCAGAAUGUCCGCAAAGCAAAAUUCGAAGAAGUACAAGUGGGCUCUGGACUUCAACGUCAGCAAAAACGCUGACAUGCCCUCGCCAUUGGGAUAUAAUCCGUCUGCUCUAGUUAACCAGAGCGAGGUGGUUCGUGACCAGCGCCUGGUUAUCAAGAAGUCGUGGGAUCUGGCACUCGGGCCUCUGAAGAAUAUACCCAUGAACCUCUUCAUCAUGUACAUGUCCGGCAACUCGAUUUCAAUUUUUCCCAUUAUGAUGGUGGGCAUGAUGCUGAUACGCCCCAUUAAGGCCAUGUUCACCACACAGGUGACAUCGAAGAUGGCCGAGGGCGCCCAGGGCACGGGUCAGCGCAUAGUAUACUUCCUCGGCAACCUGGCCAACGUUGCUCUGGCCCUCUACAAGUGUCACAGCAUGGGCCUGCUGCCCACACACGCCUCCGACUGGCUGGCUUUUGUCCAGCCGCAGACACGUCUUGAAUAUUACGGCGGAGGGAUAUCUUUCGUUUAGUUCUAAUCUUGUAACACAAUUUUAUUUGAUUAUAGAUACAUUUAUUUAAACAGA